CACGAUUCAAUCAAUUGUAUAUGAUGGAGAAGGGAAUCGGUCCUCAUCACUGCCCGCCGGCGUCAGAGCGACCUCCAACUCCGGCGGAAUUCAAGGGAAGUUGCGGCGGCAGCAGCAGGUUACACACAACACUGGCGGUGGCGCUGUGGCUGGGCACCAUCCACCUCAACAUCUUCAUCCUAUUCGCUUCCUUCACCUUCCUCCCAUUCUCCCAUAGUCCCAUGCCAUCGCAGUUGCGGGGGGACUUUUGAUGUUUUUUGCGCUAGUCCCGAUUGACGAGAAUAACAAACACGGCCGGAGAUUAGCAAGGUACAUAUAUAAGCACGCGUGUAGCUACUUUCCGGUGCAUCUGUACGUGGAGGACUCUGGGGCAUUCGAUCCCAAUCAGGCAUACAUUUUUGGGUAUGAACCGCACUCUGCUUGGCCAAUUGGAGUGAUUUCACUUGCAGACCUUACAGGCUUCAUGCCACUACCAAGAGUGAAAUUCCUCGCUAGCAGUGCUGUCUUUUUGACACCAUUCAUGAGGCAUUUAUGGACCUGGUUGGGAACAUCACCUGCAACAAGGGAUAAUUUUAAGUCCCUCCUGUCAUCCGGCUAUAGCUGCAUCAUAGUGCCGGGUGGAACUCAAGAAGUAUUCUAUAUGGAUCCUGGCUCUGAGGUUGCUUUCCUUAAUUCAAGAAAAGGAUUUGUAAGGAUUGCUAUAGAGACGGGCAAGCCUUUAGUUCCUGUAUUUUGCUUUGGCCAGUCCGAGGUAUAUCGGUGGUGGAAACCCAGCAGCAAAUUGUUUUUGAAAAUUUCUAGAGCUAUAAAGUUCACACCACUUAUUUUCUGGGGAAUCCUCGGUUACUAACAGCUCAAUGACAUAUUUAUUCAAAAAAAACUUAUGAUUACACCGUCAUGGCCAGCCACCACCGCAGGCCAAACUAUCGGCCACAACCGUUGGCCACCAACGCCGGUGACUCGCUGCCGCACUCACUCCGGCAGCCAACAUCCCCAACCCGUCUUUAACCAAGCCCCAAUCACCCUGCCACCGCAAACCACCACAGCCAUCCACCACCGCUGGCAGCACUGCCGGCCACCACUGUUGGCCACCAACGCCGCUACCGCACUCACUCCGGUAGCCAACACCCUCAACCCGUCUUUAACCCAGCCCCAAUCACACUGCCACUGCAGCCACCGCCUCCGGCCAAUGGCACCUCCGUCCACUGCCGCCUCUGCCCAUAGCCGCCCCAGGCCACCGCCGCCCCUGCCCAAUCCUCUCGCCAUCCCCAUGCCCAGCCCCCAGCCCAAUUCCCAGCUACCUUGCCCCAGCAACCUGUGAAUCCAACCACCACUCACAUCCCUCAGAUCCGAGCUUCUGACCAACACAACCAGAGCCCGACACCACCAUAGCCCAACCUAAUCAACCCCAACCGGAAAAUCUAGCUGCCGUAACCUAAACGUAACCCUAGAGUAUCAGGAUUUGUCCUUUUUGCCUUUCAUCUGUUUGAAUUAGCCCCUUCACAUUCAGAUACGCCCUCUCCACGAUCCGGUUCGCCUCUUCUCAAUUUGUUGUUGUGUAUCGCCGCCAUCAACGCAACCAUACAGAAAGGGAAGAAAUAGAAGGGCGGCUGGGAUGGCGGUGCGGGUGCGAGGCUCUCGGUGGUGGUGCGAUAGCGGUGGGUUGCAAGGCUCUCUGGCAGUGGCACAACGGCGGUGGAGCGACGGCGGCAACAACUUACUUGCUUGCAAGUGAAGAGGAGAUGGGCGAAGGGCGUGGUGAGGAUGGGCGAAGUCGUGAAGAAAGAGACGAUGAGAUCUAGGAGGGGUAUAUGUGAAAGGGGUACUUUGGUCUGUUCAGUUAUUUUUAGUCUCUUUUCUGUCCAAAAUUAGAACCACUCCUGUUUUUGUCUAUUCAAGUCCUCCAAGUAAUAUUAACGUCAUUAUUCCUUUUUAAAAUGAUUUUGGAGAAAGUGAUUAUUACUAAAAGUUGAUAUUGAUUAAAAAAUGUUUCUAUUAGAAAGAGUUUUACUAUGUAGAAUAGAAGUGAUUUUGAUUAAAAAAUGUUUCUAUUAGAAAGAGUUUUACUAUGUAGAAUAGAAGUGAUUUUGAUUAAAAAAAAUAAAAAAUGUAGUGUUUGAUAAAAAAAAAUGAUUUUUGGUGUAAUAUUUUAUCAAAGUACACAAACACUCCUCUAAAACACCAUGUUGUCCUCCAUAAUAUAGUUCAGGAGUAUCCAUCGGAAAUCCGAAUAUGCCAGCUACCAUCAACUUCAACGGACCAACAAAUAUGCCAAAAUCACCAACCAUCCCUAAGACCCUAAACAAAAGAGAGGAUGGACCAACAAUUCCCCAAUUCCCCAAAAUUCAUUCCAUACACAAUUCUUGCUACUCAUAUUCCCCAAAAUUCAGCAGCAGAAGAGACGCGGAGCUCUGUGUGGAAGAUGCGACAGAGGAUCCCCUAUACCUUUCCGACAACCCUUGCAUGUUAUUGUUGGCAGACCCAUUCAAGUCAAGAGGAAUCCACUCCCUCCAUGUAAAGAGGUUGAGGAUGUACAUCAUCGUUUUGUUGCAGCACUGCAACAUCUUUUUGAGAAACACAAAAGGAAAGUUGGCCAUGGUGAUCGAGUGCUAAAAAUUCUUUAAGCUGUUAUGGCCAUGGUGAUCGAGGAAAGUUAUUAUCUAUUUACCUGUUUGCAACAUCCACAAAUGGGCAAGGUGUUAUGGGAGUACGCGUUUGUGUAGUAUAUUUUUGCAAUUAUACUUUUCAGGAGUGGUUUCUUGAAAAAUUAUAUGAGGUGUUAGUUCAUCAAAAGAAAUUAAGAAGGGAAAACUAUCAAAUAAGCCCUCUAAUUUACAAAAAAAUGCAAAUCACCUCUUACAUAGGAGGCUCUGUCCAACCGUCGUCAUUUGGGACGGUUCCAGGUGGAAGUUUCUGAUGAAAUUUGUUCAGCAUCUAAUUCAUUAAUUAAGUCUAGUUUACCCAUACCAAAUUUCAGCUAAAAAUUCAAUCGAGAAGGACAAAUGAAUUUUUGAAAAUAAAUGUGCAGUUCAAUAUUGUAGUAUAUUUUAGAAAAUCAUUUGACUGCCUUCCCCGUUAAAUUUUUAGCUGAAAUUUGGUAUGGCUAAACUAGACUUAAUAAAGAAGAUGCUAAAAAAAAUUCAUCAAAAAAUUUCACCGAAAAACCUCGCCAAAUGACGACGGCCGGACAUAGCCUCCUAUAUAAAGGGUGAUUUACACUUUUUUUGUAAGUUCAUGGGCUUAUUUCAUAGUUUUCUCAAUUAAGAAUGAUAAUAAAAGUAUAAAUUAGACUGUUUUGUGACAAAGCAUUUGACUAUGUAAUUUUUUGAUAAACUAUUUUUUUUUGAACGGAAGUGAUAAAAUAUUUUGUGCAAUUACUUAUUUAUUUGACUUUUCCAUUCUUCAAG